AUGCACCCGACGGGCGCGGCCAGCCUGCCCGCCGCACCGGAGGCGGAGGUGCAAGCUAUGCACUCGAUGGACUGGCUCUUCAAGAAGGAAAGGAUAUACCUCCUAGCGCAGUUCUGGCAACAGGUAAUGCGGUCCCGUAAACGGAACACGGACGAAACGCGAGCCCCGGACCGGUGUUUAAAAAUCGAUUGCGCUUGCACAAUCGUCACUGACAAAUGGACGGGCCCCACAAAAAGCGCCAUCGCACCGCCAAAGCUGUCGAUGCUCCUCCGGCUAAUCGCGGCCGCUUUUUGCCCGACUGAUCGAUGGGCAUCGCCUAAUUCGAUCGCCGCCCCACCCACAGAC